AUGCGAGAGUCCAACUUCACCUUCCCACCCCAGAACAGGGCCGCAGUAUCCAUUACGCACCUGCUAUAUGACCGCAAAGCUCUCGACACAAGCAGCCACCUCGCCAUUCUCAACAACCUCACCUCCCUUACCUACCUCACAUCCACCUCUCCCCGUAUCCGCGAGAUUCUCACCACCGACGGCGGUCUCGAACGCCUCCUCGACAUCCUGCGCGACUCGCUUCUCCCCCGCGAUGCCCCCACGCCACACGACCUCUGGGGUCUCUCCGGCCCUCCCACCGCACGCGUCAUUUCCGUCGAUCGUGCCAUCUUAUGUCGUCACUCCCUCGCAUUCCAGUGCGUCGUCAAUAUAGGCGUAAGAGGGAGCGAGUCUAUCCGGACACGGGUGGUACAAGCCGGCGCCCUGGAUCUGGUCGCGCAGAUCCUCGAGAGCUGGCUCAAGCAGCACGGCGUAUCGAUCUUUGCCUGCCCAGUAGGCAGUACGGCGGCGCUAGAAGCUGCAGCGAGGGGCAUCUUUCCACCACCAGACGUUCGGUCCCAGGCGACCCCGCCACCUACAAACCCACCCGCACCUGCACCGACCGGCCGUGUGGGCGGUAGAGGCAGCUUCGGGCAAUUCAUGGCGAGUCUGACGCGGCGGAGAGGGGAAGCGGCUAUGGUUGACCGCCUCGUGGGGCCGGCGCAGGGCGGAGGGGAUACAGAUGUGGAUAUGGCGGAUGAGGAAGGAGGUGGGGAGACGGACGUAUCGCUAGGUGCGGACGAUGCGUCAAUGGGAGCAGACGAUAGUAUGGAGGUCGACGCCCCAGAGGCCGGACCGUCCACCACUGUCACUGUCGAGACCGGCGGACAGACCACGACACCCCGCGCAAGCCAGGUCAUACUACCCAUGACCAUGGCGGCGCGCACGGAGGAAUCCAUGUCGCAAGGCUCCAGCGCCGGAAACUCAUUCACCAGCGAAGGUCUCGGCGCUCCCCCUAUCGCCCGUACAGCUUCCGACCAGAGCGUCAACACUGCCGGCCAGCACGGUCCCCGUCCUGCCCCUCCCCCGCUCAACCUCGCCGUCAGAAUACCAUCCCUCGCGCAGGACGCCCUCAGUACCCAGUCCAGUCCGACCGGCACCCCUCGGGUCGAAGGAAUACGGCGCAGAGAUACCAUCAUUGCUCGACCGGUCAAUCUUGCUCUUCCGCAGCGGGAUGAUGGGAAUCAGAGCGAGACAUCGGAAGUGGAUAUUCAGACGGCCACGAUCCGAAUGAACAUCCGCGCGGCGGUCGAGGCGCAGGCACAGGGCCAAAAUCCGGGCGGACUCGCAGAGCAUGCGAAUACGGACGCUGUCGUCGCUGUCGCGGCGCAGGAGGAUGACGAGAUCUCGCAGAUCGGGGAAGAUACCGCCGCUGAGGAGCAAGCUCGGCUAGAUAUGGAGGCGGGGGCACCUCCAGGUCAGCCGGGAGCGACGCAAACACCCCUCGUACCUCCUGCACCUACUCCUCUCCUUCCUCCCGCCAUAACGACCCAACCCGCCCAGAUCAUCAUCGCCAACGGCGCCCCUCGCGGGUUCAACGAUCUCGGUAGCUACGUCGGUAUCUCCUCCCUCCUCAACCCCGACGGCGACCAAUACUCGGAAGACUCGAUCCUCCUUUCCCUGCAACUCCUCGCGUAUCUUUCAAAAUACCCCCACGUCCGCGCCGCAUUUCACCACCCCCGCCGUCCCAUGCACCCGACCUUUGAUCUCAGCUCAGAAGCGGACAAGCGGCCACUACCCCAGCGACCCGCCGUUUCGGAGACACCCAACGUCUUUACCCUCGUCGAGCGGUUCACAUUCAGGCCCUCUCCGUCCGACCCGCACAUGUUCCGCAUCCCUCCAGAAAUUCAGUAUUGGGCGGGCGUCAUCAUGAGGAAUGCGUGCAGGAAGGAUGAGGCGCAGGGAGGUAUUCGGCAGUGCGCGAAUAUGAAGUGUGGCAAGUGGGAGCGAGAGCCGAGGGAGUUUGCAAAGUGUCGAAGAUGUAGAAAGGCAAAGUAUUGCAGCAAGGAGUGUCAGAGCAAGGCGUGGUCAGAGGGUCACAAAUUCUGGUAUGUCCAUCGAUACGUGGAUUGA